UCGACACACCGACAGGGGAGACGCUUCCGUACCGGACAGGAUGGGCAAUCUCCACAUCAAUAAACAUCCCAGAGAACGAGAGCAAAGAAAUAACCAACUGGCUAUUUGUGAAAGGGAGACAGAGCAUUGUCAGAAACCAAUUACCUCACGUGAUCCCCUGUUCUUCCAUCCGUACACCAAAGGGUCCCAGAUAAGGCUGGAUUCAUCCAAUCAGUGCGCAUGGAGAAACUUUGGAUUCUGCAAUGGGAUCACCUUCACCAACCGACCCGUCCACAUUCAGGAGAAAGUGAGAGUGAAGAUCACAAAGGUGGAUGUCACGUGGAACGGUGCAUUGCGAUUAGGCUGCACCCUAUUUGACCCUUCCCUCAUGGAUCCCAACGCUCUUCCAAAGUUCAUCUGCCCAGAUCUAGAAAAUGUUUAUGGGUUCUGGGCCAGGGCGUUACCAGAGGACGGUAUACAAGAAGGAACUGUUAUUUCUUUCUGGAUGAGCAAGCAAGGCUUUUUCCUGUAUAGUAUAAACGGAGGAAGGAAGUACCUCCUUAUGGACGGAUUGUUGGUAGCGUACCCAUUGUGGGUGAUGAUAGAUGUGUAUGGCAUGACUCGAGGAAUUCAAAUCGAAGAUCCCUGUGUGAAACUUGUAUCCCAGAACAAAUUACCAGAACAGCCAUCUGUCACUGUCAGAAGCAAUGAACCUCAGACAGCACAUUCUCAGACACCUAUUUCUCCUGCAAUACCCAACAAUGGCCGAUCUGAACCCAGGCCCUGCAUUUCCAAGCCACCGGCAAAUUACAAUCCCCAGAGCUACGAGUCUCCGGAUGAAGACUGUGUGGUUUGUUUCUCACAACGAGUGGACUCUGUUUUGUACAAAUGUGGACACAUGUGUAUGUGCUACGGCUGUGGGCAGAAGCUGCUCAGCAGGAAAUCGGCAUGCCCAAUCUGCAGGGAACCAAUCAAUGAGAUCAUCAAGACAUUCCGUAGCUAAUGCCUCAGGAUUAGUCCCUGACUCACCUGUUCGACAGUACCUGUGACCUUCAUUUGAAUAUAAACACUUGGACUGCUGCAGUACAAAACGAUAUCCUAGCUGGGCGCAAUAUCCUAGCGGGGAAAUUUUGCGGCAGCUGGACACAAAAUCCAGAAGAGGAUAAUGUAAAUAUGGACAUAAACAGUGCAGUUUGUUAUGGAGGUCCACUGUAAAUGUGAUACCUAGGACGUCUGUGAGUAGCUGCAGUAAAUUCUCGAGGAGGAGGGCAAAAGCCAGAGGUUGUGCAUAUGCUGGUACAAAUAACACAGGUAGAAGAAGGGGUGAGAUCCUGCAGAACGAGCACUGAGAGUUCGGUAUGAGAUUAAAAUGCAGGACCUUGAGGGUAGUGAUCUCCAGAUUACUCCUGGGGCCUUGUGCGAGUGAAUCCAGAGGUAGGCCAGGUGAAGAGCAGACACAGGGGGCAAGGACUCAGGUUCUCGGAUCAUGGGGAUCCUUUCUGGGGUAGAAGUGAAUUAUACAAGGGGGAUGGACUGCAUUUGAACUGAUAUCCUCGCAGGGAAGUUCGAUUUGAACACCAGGGAGGGUUUAAACUAGAUGGGCAGGGAGUGGAGAAGGAGAGGGAAAAGUCAGUGGGAAGACAAGGCUAGCAAUCAGAAUAGUUAUGUUUACAGUGAAAAUGCAGGUAGGACCAUUGUUUUAAAAUGAAUCUAUUUCAGUACAUGUAGCUGAAGAGGUGAGGGCGUGGAUUGCUCCUGGGGAUUGGUCUAUUGUGGCCAUAACAGAAACACGGCUGAGGGAGGGGCAGGACUGGCAGCUGAAUGCCUCGGGAUCCCAAUGCUUUAGGUCUGACGGAGGAACGGGUAAGACUGGAGGGGGUAUUGUCUUUUUGACAAGGGAGGACAUAACAGCAAGGCUUAGAGAGGACAUUCUUGAAAGGUCAUUUGAUGAGGCCGCUUGGGUAGAACUUAGAAAUAAGGAGCGGAGGUAGGGAAAACAUUGUCAUCUGGAGAGAGUGCAGUAGAGAAGAGGCCACCUGGACUAGAGGGUCUGAGAUACACGGAGAGGUUGGCCGUGCCAGAGUGCAGGAAAAUGAGAGGUGACCUCACAGAACUUUGCAAGAUCAUGAGGGGUAUGGAUAAGGUGGACAAUCAUAGGCUUCUCACCAGGGCUAGGGGGUCCAAAGCUGACAGGCACUGAUACGAGGGGGAGGAGAUUGAGAUCUGAGAGUAAGUUCUUUACACGUAGGGCAAUGACUACCUGGAAUGGGCUACCAGAGGAAGCGACGGAGAUGGGGAUAAAGCCACUUAAAGGGGUAUUUGAAUAUGUAUAUGAAGGAGUUGGGGCUUGGAGGACUAUGGGCCGAGCACAGGUAACCGGGACUUCCAAGGAGGGUGCUGUGGUCAGUACAGAUCAGUUGGGCUGAAGGGCCUUUUUCCAUGCUGUGUUACUCUGACUCUAUUGCCCUACGACCCAGAGAGAACGUUGAAAUGCAGGGAAGCUGGGAGAAGGACGAGAUGGGGAGGACAGGAGUGAUGAGGAAAAGAAUAACAGAUGUGAAACAACACAGUCUGUGUGAGAAAGGGAAGGGCUGCAAAAGUAGUGAAACGUGAUUAGUUUGGAGUAACAGAAAAGGAGUUUGAAUGUAGUAAGGACAUGUCCCCACUCAGUAAGGCUGCAGAAAAGCUAGAGCAAGCAGCCAACAAUAUUAUUAAAGAGGAAACAAUUGCGACCAGGUAACGAAAGAGAAAUUCAUGAUUUAGAGACUGCUGAAGGAGAGGUAACAGGUGAAGCAAGCAGGUCUGUAGACUUACAGAAGCAUGUUCACUGGAAAUCAAUUGCACCCCAUGUUGAUGUGUGAACCCUAACAUUUCUCAAUCCUUCCUGGAUCAGUAUUGUCCAGAAUUUCAAAUAAUAUCUAUUCAUACUCAGUCGGCUCUCUGUCCUUGGGAGAAUUAUCUGCCUCCCUCCUCCUUCCAUUAAGCAGCUGCAUAAUGGUUAGUUCUCUCUGUAUCCCGUUUGGGUUUCCCGGCUGUUGUUUUCUAAGCAACAAUAAAGGUUUUUAGGAAACUUGUCUGGAGUGGAUCAGAGCACGUGUGGAAAAUGUUUGGGAUGUAAACUAGAUCAUCAGUGAAGUUGGCACUGACUGAUGGGCAACUCCACAUCUUGGAUUUGAAACAAUUUAAUGCUGUAGCUUUAAAUCAUAAACCUGCCAAUACACCUCUGAAACUCAGAGUCAAAAACUCCGUGGAGCCUGGAGAUUGCAAUUAAGGCUUUGCAUGUAUGUAAAUGUUUUUCCUGCCCUGUAACCCUUGAGGAUUUCUGUACUCGUUCAACAUUCCUGCUCACACACUCCCAAUUUUAAUCACACGAUCAAAGAUGUUAUUCCUUCAAUUGCUAAAGCUCUCACCAUUGGCAUUCCUCCCCUCAGCCCACUCCCCUUGUGCGCUGGUACAUUGUGAACCCUCUCACUAGGGCCAGACUAUUAAUCAUCCUAAAAUCUCCUACACCUGUAUCAGGGGUUUGUUUUACAAUGCAAACACUUGCAUAACCUACAUUUUAUAUCUUGUUUAACAGACUGAAUCUCCACCCAACCCCGGUUACAUAUAGCACUACAACACAAAGAGUCCCUUUGGCCCAUCAAGUCUGUGCUGAGCUAUUAUCCUACCUUGUUUCAUCAACCCACACCUGGACCCCUCACAUCCAUGUACUUCUCUUAAAUGUUGAAAUUGAACCAACGUCUGCCACUUCCUCUGGCAAGUCGCUCCACACUCUCGCCACCAUCAGAGUGAAGAGGUUCCCCUUAAACAUUUCACCUUUCACCCUUAACCCAUGACCUCUAGCACUAGUUUUACCCAACCUCCGUGGUAAAAGCCUGCUUGCAUUAUCCUAUCCCUAUCACUCACACAAAUCUACCCUCGUCCUCCUGCAUUCCAGGGAAUAAAGUCCUAACCUAUUCAACCUUCUCCCGUAACUCAGGUCCUCAAGUUCCAGCAACAUCCUUGUAGAUUUUCUCUGUACAAUUGAAUAUAAAUUAAGUUGUGUGAUGUUGUAAUUUUGUGACUUCUACAGUAUAUUGUAAUCGAAAUUGUAGCGUUACAAUAUGGUGCUCUUGUUUAAAGUGUUAUAUUUUGUAACUCCAGAAACAAAUUGAAAGAAAAACAUG